AUAUGGUACAAAAUAUAUUUAUGCUCAAAAAAUAAAAACUUUUUAAGUGCUUGCAACACUAAAAUCGGCAGUAGAGCGCAAGAUGGCGGACCGAUCGAAUGCGUCUACGCAUCGCAAAGUAAUUUCUCACUUAAACACGCAACAACAAAGAAGAGCUCGGCAACUCGUAGCUCUUGUUCCAAAACCGGGAGCAAAAUCAGAUUUGGACGAAAGUGAUACUUCUGAGGACGAAGUUCAAUAUUUCUCCCACCUUCCUUACUCUGAUAGCAGUUCGCCACCUCCAUCAUUGCCAUCUUCAUUAGAAAACCUAAAUCUUCUCUCAGAUGACGAUAUUGAGGUCACUGAAAUAUUCGCUUCAAAGUCUUUAGUACAAGCAUACAGUCAACAUUCAAUUCAGUCACCAUUGAUUAAUCCUUGUUCGCCAUCAAUUUUAUCGCCUUAUCCAUUAGCAACUGAGACCAGAUCUUCGUGUCCGAUACCAUCACCUUCAUCGCCAUCUGUACUAGCUGCACCCUCACAAUUAACUUCACCGCGAGUUAGUAACUUGAAGCGGCAUCAUCAGUCACCACCAACGUCGCCAUUAUUUGCAAAUUUUCCUUCAACGUCUACUUGUUCAAAGAGACCUAAACUUGUCACAGUAAAACGCAAAGCAAUACCACCUAAAAGGUUAACACCUAAAUGGGGUCGGUUCAAAUUUACUGGUUGUGCAGAAGUAGAUGAAAUCGUGUUUGAGCCAAGUGAAGAGAAAAGCCCAAUUGAAUAUUUCGGCAUGUUCUUUUCUGAUAACAUAAUUUCUCUCAUAGUGCAACAAACAAAUUUAUAUAGCACACAAUUAAAGGGUCAUUCAAUAAAUGUUACAGAAAAUGAUAUCAAAGAUUUUCUGGCAAUUCUUGUAUAUAUGGGUAUUCAUAAAUUACCAGCUUACACAGAUUAUUGGGCUAAACAUACGCGAAGCAACAAAGUAGCUGAUAUAAUGACCCUGAAGAAGUUCCAAUUACUGAGGCGUCACUUGCAUUUUAAUGACAAUUUGAAAGACGAUGGUGAUAGGUAUUAUAAACUUAGGCCAGUCCUUCAGAUAAUACGUGAAAAUUGUUUAAAAGUUAAAGAAGAGUCCCAUUUCAGCAUAGACGAAAUGAUAGUUCCACAUAAAGGGACAAGAGCAGGCAGCCGUAAACAAUAUAUAAAAAAUAAACCGAAAAAAUGGGGCUAUAAAGUAUUUGUUCGUGCUGGUGGCUCCGGAAUUGUUUAUGACUUCUUGAUAUAUGGAGGCGAAGAUACGUUUAGAUUUCACUCAUUUACGGAUGAAGAAAUGAGUAUGGGUCUUGGAUCGAAAGUAGUUUUAGCGUUGGCAAAGUCUAUUGGAGAACCUGCUUGCUUGCUUGUGUUUCGAUAACUUUUUUACAUCUAUUGAACUGUUGCAAUAUUUGCGAAAUGAAUACGGAAUUUUUGCGAUGGGCACAAUCCGAGCAAAUAGGCUCUAAGGGGCGGAGAAAAAACUACCCACAGAUAAAAAUCUAAAAAAGAAAGGUAGAGGGUCUCACGCACAGGUUGUAUGUAAUAAAAAUAAGAUUGCUGUCGUCGAAUGGUUUGAUAAUAAAUGUGUUACUGCUGCAAGUACCUUUGUGGAUGCAUAUCCUAUCCAGACUGUAGUUCGUUUUAAGAAAGAACAAGGUAGAAAGAUGCCAGUGACUUGCCCCAAUGUAAUAAAAGAAUAUAACACUUACAUGGGCGGUGUCGAUCUCUCUGACAUGCUGAUUGCUCUAUAUCGUACACCAUUCCGGGGCCAUCGUUGGCAGUUACCAAUAUUUUCACAAAUGCUUGAUAUAUGUAUAAAUAAUGCCUGGCUUCUAUAUCGGCGUGAUGGAAAAGCCAGGAUGGAUGCCAAGAAACUAAAACCCUUAAAAACCUUUAGAAUUGAAAUUUUUGAAAGCCUGCGGAGGUUUGAAAGAACUGAUAAUAUGAUCAAUAUGAGGCCUGUUACAAAAUUUAUGACUAUUCAGAAGCCAGUAGCUGAAAGACCACCAGAUGCUGUACGGUAUGAUAAAGUUGCUCAUUAUCCAACUUUAGUAAACAGUAGAGGAAGGUGUAUGAAUUGCACAAAAGGGUUGACUAAAUUUUUUUGUCAAAAAUGCAAAUUAAGAUUAUGCUUAUUGCCGGAACGAAAUUGUUUUAUAGAAUUUCAUACCAAAAAGUAACAGUUUAUAAAUAUUUAUCAUUAUUCAGUUAUAAAUAUUUAUAUACCUACGUAGUACAUUUAUAUUGUUAUAAUUUGAUAAAGAACCAAUUUGUGAGACUGAUUUUUUACUUUAUUGUAUUGAUUGAUCUCAAUUUACUAAUCAUUAAGAUUUAAGAUUAAUAACAUAAGUACUAAGGCUGUUAAUUAUUCUAAUUUUAUGUCUGUAGAAGAACAUAAUAAUUUUAUAUUUUAUUUUUUGUUAUUUUACGAAGAAUAUUGACAUUUUAAGUUUUGUUUUGUUAUAAGUAUUUUAUUAAAAAAACUGAUUUGUUUGGCACUGAAAAGUUGGCAUUGUAGCAAAUUAGAUACAUAGA